CGUCGCGUACAGCGACCUCAAGGUCUUACUCUCACCCCUUGCUACCCACUCAGCCCCAUCGAACACCAUGACGGCCAGAAUUUCAUUGCUGGCCGCCGCUGCGGCGAGCCUGUUGCCGGGAGCACAGGCUUGGUCAAGUAUCAUAAGUGCAGCACACGCAAGAGCUUCCUCCAGUACGAGAUCGAACGCUGGUCCUCUCGGGGGCCAGCAUAGCUUCGAGGGAGGGAUGCGGCAGAGGGGAGUGGGAAAUGCCGGACUGUACGGCAAGCAUUUGAUGGCGCGAUCAACGACAACAGGGUCGGUACGCGGGGCCCUACACGCAACAAACGUGCAGAACGAGGUGGCCGACGCUCUUAGCGACGAAGCUAAGAUCACCAUCGCCUCCGCCAUUAACGGGCUGCCGGAAGACGUUCUCGCCUACGUCAUGGCUUACACGCCGAUAGGUGACACAGCAAGACAAAAGAACGCGUUCACGGCGGGAGCGUACGUGGUGGAUUCGGUGGAGGUAGUGGCGGUGGAUGGGGAGGGGAUGGAUGUGGCGGCCUCCGUGCAGACCAAGUCGUUCUUCGGAAAGGUGCAAGAAUCGAAGCAAACGGUGCGGGUGCCAUUCGGGGUGGACCGUCCGCUGGAAACAUCGGAGGCCGUGAAGCGGAGGUUGAUGGAGAUGAGCAGGGAGCAGGGGUUGACGAAAAGCACGGCCACAAUCUACAAGAUCCCUGUAGGCAGCUACGGUGGACUGCCUGUCAACAUGCUGCUCAACAACGUACCCCACUCGAAGAUGGCGAGGAACUUCAUCUACCGGGGGGCGGCAGAGGCCCUCGUGCAGGCGGUGGAAGACCCCACCGUGCCACGGCGGAUGAAACUGGUGUGCACGGUCCCCGAGCUCAACCCGGCCAUGGACACGUACCGCGUGGGCACGGUUCUGGAGCUGGUCCGCGAGCUUGCCUACUCGAUGGCCGACGUGGGCCUCAACACGCGAAUCCUUAUCCAGCCGAGUAUGGGGGAGGGGGUGUUCAAGAGCCUUCCGCUAGCUCUGUCGGGGGUGAUGUCUAUCAUGCAGGGGAUGGACUGGGAGGACGGGCUCGUGGGGUCUCACGUCAACUUUGGCCAGCUGGGGAACAAGGACGACGUUUCCGCUGAGGACGACGUUAUCCUGGUCAUCAGCCCCCAGAGCAUCGCCGGCUACUCGAUCCACCCGCUGCUGGUGGACACGGUGGAGCAAGCAAACGGACGGCCGGUGGUGAUCAUCAACCCCAACCUCAAGGACCGGCCUAGUUCGGGAGGCGUGAUGCAGGUGCGGGGACGCGGGGAGAGGAUAGCGUUCGCCGAGAGCUUCAAGGACAUCUACAACUUCAGGCUCUUGUACGGCAGCUCGGUGGCCUUCUUCCCCAUCAAGGCUUCCCUCGUUGUGGAGAAGCCCAGGUCGCAGUAGUCUUGACCCACGAAGGGCUGGCAGUUUUAAUCGUUGAGAUUUAGAUAGGAGAGGGUCUCAGAAGAGAGAGACAAGACAGUGCCGCCGAAGGGGCGAGGGAGACCAAGCCCGAGGGUCUCGGAUUGCCAAGCUCCACAGGUAGCGCCAAGAGGGACGCGUCCAUAGUCGGGUUUCUUGCUGAUCAACCAUCAGUAAGAUCCUCCGUUCGGAUCGUAUCUUGGUCCUACUUUUGUAUGUGCAACAAUGGUUACAGCACUUCUACACCUGUCAUCCACAAGAAGUUUUUUUCAGAACUUCACUAUUUGGAACAGCUGCCUAGUCCAGAAGCCUACACAACCACCAAUGUUGCUGAUGUUGGGUCACCCCAUAGAUAAGAAACGCGCCUUGGCAAUGUAAGACGUUCUUACGUGAUGUGGCGGAAUUAUAACCCAAGCUGGCCAUAUCCAUAAACGGACAGACACUCCCUUUGCUCUUGACCUACCGUAGGUCACCACACGCCCUGACCGAUCUGCGAAGGUUCGAUUACUCUGCAGCAAAACUGAAAAUGGCGAGUUGGAGCUUCCUUGUCGCGAGCCUUCCGAAAACGUAUCAGUUAGUUUCGGCAUCUUCUUCGUCGCGGAGUAACCGAUGAGCUUGAAAUGUGUCCGGGGGUGUGAUGUCUUGAGCAACGCACGGUAUUCGCUCAUACGCUCAUACGCUCCCCGUCGAAGACAAAAAAAAACAACAACGAUCGACCGCGGGGGGAUUUUUCUGUGUAAUCCCUGCUGGCACAUCUGACACAUUUCGAGGCAGAUGCGGACGUGAAGUGUAGAACAUGCGCACGAGGUGUAUUGAACUUGUGCUUCUAUGCUUCUAUUAAAAGCCGCCUUACUCUUUGAGCAGGUCGUAAGUUCAAGCCUCGGUGCAUGCGCCUGUUGCCCAUCUUUUUUUGUUCUUACGACUUUUUUUUUCUCAGAGAACACGGAGACAACCCGUUGGGCAUAUUCCUGCCUUCCGUCCUGCCUGCGCACACCGCUUCUUCUCUCCACAAUACCUCCGAUAGAGAAGGUGUAACCGUUCCACACGAUUGGUUUGGCAGUACACUCAGGAAAUAUCACGCCCAUCGCAAAAAAAGUGAUGUAUGUGUGUUUUGCGUGUUUGGCAAUUUUUAUUCAUUUGGCGCAGACCAAAAUAGUGAGUUUGGAGCAACAGACUAUAUAAGCUCGGACCCGCAAAGCUUCAGGAACUAUGACUGUACUCGAAAGAAUCAUUUCUAUAGGUCAGUCUCCGCUUUGUUUAUCCAAAACAAGGCAAACCCACCGAUUCCGAUGAGGAUGUCAAGUCUUCAGAGCAGUGAUGGUUUUUCGGUACUUCCGGGGUAUUCCCGUCAAGUACUUGACUUCGAUGACCUGCGGUCUCUUUUUCGGAAGAGACCGACUCUGUUGGCGAACCUGAGGAACGGUGCCUGCCUGUCCCACCCACAACAACCAUGCCACAAACAACACCAACGGCGCACGGCCCACGUACAGAACGCGCCAUGCUUUACGAAUGGUCGCUAUAGUCCAUAGGUUUUAGUGUCGAGGUUCUUACCCGAGCUCACAAAUAGUGCGCAAGUUCUUCGUCUAAAUGUCAACUUUUUUUUAUGGUUCAAUUUCUUCUAGGCCCUGACCUGUUAUGCCUAUUUCUUGACAUUUUUAUGCACCUUUUUCGGCACGUGCGUAAGCUCAAAAGGAGACUUAUGCACGCUGGUUAUGCUCAAAAUGGCGACUUAUGCACGCUGGUUAUGCUCAUUUUCCUCGCGUGUGCUCGUACUUCUGCACGCUUUUCUUUGUCCCAUGUGCUCGGGCAAUGCUUGUUUUGGUCGUUAAUGCUCGACAUAUGCGCGCGCGGUUGGCUUCGUCGACACGCUUUGUCUGUUAUGCCGUCUCCCACUGUCAAAAUGUAUAUGGAUAAUUAAUUGUGUUGCUGUAUCACACAGCGCAAAUUAUCUUGGACUCUAGUCUUUCAGGAAAUGUUUCUUCGACGCAUCCGACUACUACUACUCUGCACUCGUUCGUUCUAAUAAGGGUGAAGAGGGGACUACUUUCCCGCAUUCCCUUCACCCUUGGUCAUCCGUGAUCGCCAUUCGGCAGACAGAGUAGAUAUAUUUAUUUCUGGAAUCAAUCGCGGUAAAAUACUUCAAGCAAUAUAAAUGCGCCUCCAACAGCCCCUGCUGUAACAGUGUCAAACCCAUCAGAACACCAAAUCGAUUGCUGUCAGUGCCUCUAGAAUCAUGGACACAUUGCAUCCCCCCCCCAAUAAUUAAUUGUCGAUGCUAC